AAACAGUUUAUAUUAAAGUGGAAAAUUGCAUGUGUCAUAUGAGUUCCCACGGAUUAAAUUUAUACAGUUCGAUGGUCAUUUGAAUGGGAUUUUCCCACAUUUUCAUGGUUGCGGUUAUCGAUGUCAUCACGUGGUUUAGUAUUAAACGAUGCAAAAUGUGGUUUAAUGUAAUGAAAUAUACACCAGUCAAAGUAUGGAUGCAUCGUUUAUGAGAAAAAAGAAAACCUGCAUAACAAGAUAUUAAAAAGAUCGAGUUCAUUGAAAAAUGCGUGCAAAAAAUCUAUGCCUUCUUUAAUUAUUUCUUCAGUGCAUUUACAUGCAGUUGCCAAGUGGAAUAAAUGAGCAACUCGUAUGACAAGAACGCGGAAAAAACUAUAGAGUCAAUUUUUGUUUAAAAAUAUUUUUGGGGUACAAUAUUUGAACGAAAGCCGAGCAGGUUUAAGUGCUAUUAGUGCAGAAAUAAAUCAAUAUACAUGAGCAAUUUUUUCUCGUGUAUAGUGUGCGUUUUAUAGACCACCAACCAAAUACCCCAACAAAACGAUUGUCACAUAUAAUAAAAUUUCAUCUGUUGCCACAUUAGAAUCAUCCUUUAAUUUACAUUUCACGGCUACAUAUAGAAUAAAGUAUUUGAAAAUCUUCACUAACUAGUUAUAUUUUCAUUUAAAUAAAAGAUGUUAAAGCACGUACAAAUAUCACCACAUCGAAGCCGAUCUGAUUCAGUAUCGUUGCGUUCGGUAACAUCAUGCACGUCAUCAUUAUGCGGCAGCCCGGAGCUAUUGGAGCCAUCAAUCGAUUUACUGCGUUCAUCUCGUGCAUCAAGCUACUGUAGCCUUGAUGAAAAUAAUCCGCAGACUACAAUUAAAGUAUAUACUGGGUGCCUAAAAUUGGAUAUUGAAUAUAAAACAUUGGGAAUUCAAUGGGAUACAACUAGUAAAGAUGUUGUUACACAAAUUUUACGCAAAUGUAAAAUGCGACAGAGAGACUCACGACUAUUUUACCUCUCCAUGGAAGUAACGGUACGAAAAGCAGGAGUUAAGAGAGUUCUUAAAUUGGAUGAUGACGCUCGGCCUGGCGUUUUGGCGGCUUGUCACCCAAAAGGAGAUUCACGAUUUUGCCUUCAAAUUAAACCUGGUGGUUUAGUUCGAGUUCAUACAUCUGUUUUACAGCCAACAUCGUUAUACAAAUGUUUAUUUAUAUCCGAAGAAACAACCACCGACGACUUACUCACACUGCUAUUAUCAUGCUUCAAUUUAGAUGAACCAGUAGAACAAUUUUCAUUGUAUGAGGUAUGUCCUUCUCAAGAGAGUCAGCGCAAAUUACACGAAGAUGAUUAUCCACUUCGAGUACAAAUGCAAAGAGCUCAGCGCAGUGAACAAUUUCAUUUUAUUGUACGAAAAAAUCUACAUUAUCCACGACGAAGGCAGUUGUUGCCGUCGUCUAUUGACAAUAAAACAACAAAGACUAACGCUGAAAAUGCCAAUACCCGUCGAUAUACAACCAAUAAAGCUGCAUGUCACAAAAAUUGUGUGCGUGAAUUAAGCUUUGCACAAUUAACACGUGUUCCAACCACCGACAAUCUAAACCAAAAUGAAUGUCAUUUAGACGACGAUGUGAAGUCGAAAAAAACAUUGUGCAUUAAUAAAUAUCAACCUGUCUACAAUAUUCGAGAAAUUAGUACGGUCUGCAAUUCAUUUUCAUCACUCGGUUUGGGAUGGAAAAUGGAUCGGGGCACGUACAAAACAUCACCAAAUUCUACAUCACAUAACGCAACAAAUAGACAUUCAAUGAUUUCAAGUUCAAAUCUAAAUAUUGUUCGUGAGGCAGUAAAAAAUAAUCCAUCUUUGGGAUAUGGUAGUUAUGUUUAUAUUUAAAAAAUGCUCUAAAUUGGCCAAAGAUGGAAUAAUAUGACCAGUGCUUCAUAUAUAUGGAUGACCCCAUCUGUUAAAGCAACAUACUUUAAAAAUAAAAUUUAUUAAUAUGAACCACACCAAUAAACUGUAUGAUCACUUAUCAUUAUCAAUUGAAUAUAGAGAGAAACUUUAUGCCAAAGAGAUGAUUUAAUAAAGAGUUUGAAAGAAAAAAAGUCAUAAUUAUUUAUCGAGAUAUGAAAAUGGUGUUUACCGAGUGGAGAUAAGAAGAAGAUUCUGCUUUGAUUUGUUGCACAAAAACACAAUCUCGUCCAAAUCAAAAACAAGGAGCCAAGAUGUCAAACGCAGUCAUUUUUUUAUCGCUAAUACUUAAUACUUUAUUUGUUUGAAUUUUUGAAACAAAAUAUAUGAUCAAAUAAAAUUCUUCACUCUGUACUCUUUGAUUUUAUGUCACAGUAAACAACUCCAUAAAUUUUA